AUGGCACCGUCUAUUUCCGGUGGCGAUGCAUCCGAUGCUGAUGCGCGAGAAGCUUCCAUAACUGCCCAGCCAGGAUGGUAUUGGGACUGGGAUUUCCCAAAGCACCACCCUUACCUCAAUGAGUCACAUCACGAGUUCCGACGACUAAUCAGGGCAUUCAUCUUGGAGCACAUUAUCCCCUUUAUACCGCAAUGGGAGGCCGAGGGCAAGUUCCCGCGAGAGCUCCAUCGCAAGGCUUAUCAAAGCGGCGUAUACGCUCCAUUGUGGCCCACGUCCAUAGGAGGCACUCCUCCUCCUCUCUGCAAGGGGAAUCCUGAGAGACCUGGUCCACACGAGGUUGACAUCUGGCAUGAUCUCAUUAUCAACGAUGAGCUUGCAAAUUGUGGUGCAGGAGGUGUUAUAGCAAGCUGCUUCGUGAGUCUAGCCAUAGGCUUGCCUCCUCUCCUCGCGGGUGGAUUGGCUGGGGGACCCGAGCUGACCUCUCGGCUAGCUCGGGAGAUUGUCCAAGGAGAUAAGAUCCUAGCUCUAGCUGUGACAGAGCCGUAUGCUGGCAGUGAUGUUGCUAAUAUCCAAACCACGGCUGUUCUUCAACCUGACGGCAAGCACUACCUAGUGAAUGGCAUGAAGACUUUCAUAACCUCGGGUCCUUGGGCAGACUACUUCACUACGGCAGUCCACAUAGCCGGUGACAGCGGUCUCUCUCUCCUGAUGAUUGAUCGUACCUUACCAGGAGUGGCUACGACUCGAUUGUCUACGCAGGGCUGGAAGUCGAGUGGAACGGCUCGUAUCACUUUCGAAGAUGUUAAAGUACCGAUCGAGAUGCUCAUAGGUCGCCGCGGUCACGGCUUCAAGGCGAUCAUGCACAACUUCAAUCAUGAACGCCUCAUGUUGGCCUUACAGUCUUGUCGCCACGCCCGCAUCUGCAUGGAGGAUGCCAUACGCUAUGCGAAGACCAGAAGGACCUUUGGCAAACGCCUUAUCGAUCAUCAGGUUAUACGUCACAAGAUAGCAGAGAUGGCCCGACGAGUGCUGGCCACUCAUUACUACAUCGAGAACAUUGCCAUACAGUGGCCGCAGUCGAGCCAGAGCGAGUUGGCUGGGAAGGUGGCCUUAUUGAAGGUUCAGGCUACUAAGACCUUCGAGUUCUGUGCUAGAGAAGCUUCCCAAGUACUUGGCGGACGUAGCUAUCUACAGGGCUCCGGCCCUGGGGCUAGAAUAGAGAGGCUGUAUCGGGAAGUGAGAGUGAAUGCAAUUGGUGGUGGCUCAGAAGAGAUUAUGCUGGAUCUGGCCGCCAGACAGGCUCGAUUAUAAGCGUAUUAGGCAUCUUAUAUUUUUAGUUAGGUGG